AUGAUGGCAGUUUUCAACCUCACACACUUUGACGCUUCAGCAUUCUUUCUAAUGGGCAUCCCUGACUUGGAAGCUGCUCACAUCUGGAUUUCCAUCCCUUUCUCUAUUUUCUACAUUAUGGGCCUCCUGGGAAAUUUCACGCUUCUCUAUGUUAUAGCCAAGGAGCAGACUUUGCACAAGCCGAUGUACCUGCCGCUCUCCAUGCUGGCACUGACAGAAAUCGGCACAUCUACUUCCAUCGUGCCAAAGUCCCUGCUCCUGAGCAGGCAGCCAUUCUGUGCCAACCGCAUGAUCCCACACACAUGCUGUGACCACAUGGCCAUGGUGAAGAUGUCGUGUGGCGACAUUACAGUCAACAAGAUGUACGGUUUGCUAAUAGCAUUUGUAAUCACCAUGUUAGACCUGACACUUAUUGCCCUGUCCUAUGGUCUGUUCAUCACAGUAUCCUCCAAGAAAGCCCACCAGAAAUCUUUCACCACUUGCACAGACCAUAUCGGUGUGAUGAAGAUGUCUUAUCCUUCCUUCCUCUUCUCCACUGUGACAUACCGGUUUGGUCAGGGAAAUGCUCCCCAUCUUCACAUCAUCUUGACCAACCUAUAUUACCUCCUCCUCCCCAUGUUCAAUCCUAUCAUUUAUGGGGCCAAAACCUUCGAGCUUCGUGAGAAAUUGUGUAAGUGCACUUGCAGAAUAUGA